CGUCAGCCGGAAAUACGUCUACGUUCGCAGGCUACCCUUGCCUCCCGUCCCGCGUUAAUUUUUAUCGAGGUUUGUCCGAGGAGGGACUAGUAAUGAUGUGCACGAACAUAAGUUUUCAUAAGAUACCGCUGAGCGAUAUUUUUCUCCACCAAACGGUCCAGUUGUUGAAACAAAAUUUCGCGUUGUUUGAGCGCGUUUACCUUGUAAAUAUGGCCGAUAUAAAGGCGCUAGAGUAUUCUACCAUGAAGGUUCCUUAUGAGAUGCUCAACAAAAAGUUCCGAGCAGCCCAGAAAGUGAUUGACAGGGAAGUGUCGCUUGUUGUAAGUGCAACAAAUGAUUUAACCAGCAGCCUUGGCAGUGUACCUGUUAAAGUGGGAGAGAUCACUGGCUUCUUGGAUGGUGUAGUGCAAAAAUUGCAAUCAUUAAAAAGAAAGUCAGAAGAAUGCCUUUCCCAAGAAGAAGUUUGCUUAAGACACUGUCGUGCACGUCUUGACCACAUUAAAGAACAUGCAGAUGAACGGAAGAGUGCUGUUGUCUUGUGGAAAAAGAAACGGUUGGAUCGAAUGCUAGUGGAUCAUUGUCUUAGAUCUGGGUUCUAUGAAACUGCCAUGAAACUCGCGAAGGAUUCUCAGAUAGAGGAUCAUGUGGAUAUUGAAUUGUUCUUGGUGUCAAGAAAGGUUGAAGAGUCCUUAUUAAGGAGAGAGAUAGGACCUUGCUUAGCCUGGUGUUAUGAAAACAAGUCCAAGCUUAGAAAAAUCAAGAGUAACCUUGAAUUCAAUGUGAGAAUGCAGGAGUUUGUUGAGCUUGUGAGAAGAGGUGAAAAAAUGGAAGCAGUUAGGUAUGCCAGGAAACACUUCCCCCCUGCUAAUGUUGAUGGUACCAUGACCAAAGAAAUCCAAAGGGCCAUGGCUUUACUGGCUUUUAAGCCCGAGACCAGCUGCUCUCCUUACAGGGAGCUGUUUGAUUUGGAGAGGUGGGGCCAGCUGGUCAUGCAGUUUAGAAGGGAGAAUUUUCAGCUUCAUCAACUUAAUGAUCAGUCAGCAUUGGCUGUUACACUCCAAGCAGGACUGUCAGCUCUCAAAACACCUCAUUGCUACCAAGCAGGGCACAAGAGUUCCGAGUGUCCUGUAUGCAGCCACCCGCUGAACAUUUUAGGUCGCCCUCUGCCCUAUGCACACUGUGCGCAAUCCAGACUGGUCUGUCCUAUGUCAGGACAUAUCAUGAAUGAGAACAACCCUCCUAUGGUGUUACCUAAUGGAUACGUAUAUGGAGAAAAUGCGUUACGUGGUAUGGCGAGUGAAAAUGAUGGCCAUGUCACGUGCCCUAAGACUAAGGAGACUUUCCGCGUUGAUCAAGCGGACAAAGUGUACGUCAUGUAGGGACAAAGGAAGGAUCCACUCCUGUCUUGGCUGAGGUACCUGCAGUGCCUCCAAAUUGCAACUGAGUGAUGUUGUUAACUUUGUUGUCUUGUGGAUGGCUGGACUGCAACACUGAGAAUAAUUCAGCCUACAUGUAGCCAUCAAAAUGAGGUUUAAGAGCUUUGAACAACCAAGCAAAAACAUCUGGCAAACAAUUACCUGUAUUUCUGGUUGUACUUGUGAAAGUAGCCAGAGAGUUUCCAUUUUUGAAAAAUUGUUGUGUUGGCUUGCCGUGUCGCUUGGCAACCAUCCCAGUGCGAAACCAUGAGCACAGUCUGUUGCCCAAGACAAGUUAUCUGUGAAUUCUUAAAGAAUUGGUUCGUGCUUAGUGUACGUAUAUCGAGUUAUGGAUGCACGUGGGUAGUUUGGAGAGCAUGAAAGAAGCGUAAGAGUUGCUUGAUGCGAUAGCCGAGUGCAACUCUAGCUUCUCGAGUGCUCCGGCACCAAACUUCCCAAGUUCAUCCAUAACUCGAUAUACGCACAGCUAAAAGCAUGAACCAAUUCUCUUAUAACAUGGCGACAACAACUUGGG